CGCCUUCGAUUGUAUGACAAUAUGCAUCACGCCCUUCCCUCCAACUGCUAGCCAUAACCUGGAGCUGAAGCGACGCGAAAAAUAAAUAAUACAAACUGGGGUGCAUUUUGUCGCAGAUGCUGCGGUCUGUUUUUGUUAAGAAUACUGGACUGUUUAAUAGGGUUUUGUUGUUACCUGAAAUAUGAACACCGAAAAGACACAUUGAUAUCAUCGGAGGUAUCAUCGACUCGAGUGACCUGGAUGUGAAAUCCAAAUAGGCCGUAUAUUGGUCUAUUAUUUUGACAGCACAGGAUCAGAAAAAAACCCAUCGCGAAAGCGAGAGGGUGAUGAUAGGAGUUGCUAGCUAAGACAUCGUCCGGACUUGAGUCCAUCGUUUGUUACAAUCGGCAUUGCGAGACUAAUGGUUGACAUGGUCAGGCGUGCAAUGUCAGCUAGCUAACCAGCAAGCUGGAAUGGAAAUUAAGAACUGUCAUGAUUUUAGCCAGUUAGCUAGAUUACCUGACUAAUGGGUAGAAGAGAGCUAGCUAGCCAUGUAUUUCAAACGGUACAUACUCAUAGCUUCUUGCUAAUGGCGUUAGCUACUUUGCUAGUUACCAGUUUUAUCCUGUAGAAUAUUGCUAGUUUGCGAUUUUUUAUUUUGCGCACGUGUACUUCCACGUUUCUUACCACUGGAAAUCACAAGUUUGCUGCUGCUGUGAAGUGAAACACUGAAAGCUGGCUAGCAAGUUGCUACGUAACAUCAUUAGUUUGCUAGCAGCUAGCUAUAGAUAAACAACAAUGGCUCAAGAGGCGUUUCCUUUACAUUUUCUGGUUUGGAACAACCAAUACAUUGAGCUUGAACGUGAACUACAGCAAAACGAGGAGAAUGUGGAGCGUUUAGACCCGCGGGGGCGCACCCCGCUAGAGCUGGCGGUGUGUCUGGGCCACCUUGAAUCAACCCGUGUGCUGCUCCGACACUGCGCAAACCCGACGCACUGCAACGCGCAGAGUUGGACUAUUUUGCAGGAGGCAGUGAGCACAGGGGACCCCGAGCUUUGUCAGCUGGUGCUGCAGUACAGGGACUUCAAGCGAGCCACAGAGAGACUGGCUGGCAUCCCAGAACUGCUCAGCAAGCUAAGACAGGCUCGGGAUUUUUACGUGGAGAUGAAAUGGGAGUUCACCAGUUGGGUCCCCCUGGUCUCCAAGGUGUGUCCCAGUGAUGUGUACCGCGUGUGGAAGAGUGGCUCGUGUCUGCGGGUUGACACCACUCUGCUGGGCUUCGAGCACAUGACCUGGCUCAAGGGCCGUCGCAGCUACAUCUUUAAGGGCGAAGAGAAUGGUGCCAUGGUGAUGGAGGUGGACCAUGACAAGCAGGUGGUGUACACCGAGCCGCUGUCUCUCUCCCCGCGGGACGCCCCAUCUCUCCUGGCUGCCAUGCUGCCCACCCAGGAGAACACUGCCCAGAGACUCACCUCUCCCAUCGUCUCCACACACCUCAACACACGCAACAUCGCCUUCGAGAGGAACAAGUCUGGCAUUUGGGGCUGGCGCUCUGAGAAGAGUGAGGCAGUCAGCGGCUACGAAGCAAAGGUAUACAGCGCCACUAAUGUGGAGUUGGUGACUCGGUCAAGAACAGAGCACCUGUCGGACCAGGACAAGUCCAAGAGCAAAGGCACCAAGACUCCUCUUCAGUCCUUCCUGGGGAUAGCUGAGCAGCAUACCGCUCAUAAUGGGAGUAAUGUGUGUCAGUAUGCCAGCCCCCAUAACCCCACAGCAAUCACAGCUGAGGAAUACUUUGACCCAGAGUUCCAACUCAACGAACGAGACAUCGGACGCCCCGUGGAGCUCACCAGCAAGGUCCAGAGGUUUAAGGCCCAUCUGUGGUUGAGUGAGGCUCACCCUCUGUCAUUGGCUGAGCAGGUCACGCCCAUCAUUGACCUCAUGGCCAUCUCUAACGCCCACUUUGCCAAACUACGUGAUUUCAUCACCCUGAGCCUGCCCCCUGGCUUCCCUGUCAAAAUAGAGAUCCCUCUGUUCCAUGUGUUGAAUGCUAGAGUGACCUUCAGUAACCUGUGUGGCUGUGAUGAGCCUGUCAGCUCUGUCACUGUACACACACCAGAGGAGGCCCCCGAGGCUGGUAACCACACACACACACGCACUACAUAUAUACAUAUGUAUGACAGUCGAAGUAUAUAUAUAUAUACACACGCUAACUCCCCGUCCAUCUGCUCGCAGGGCAGGCCCCCCCCCCCCUUUCACUGCGAGGUGGACCCCUCCGUUUUUCAACCACCCCCGGACUACACCACUCUUGGUCCGGGCCGCAGCGAGCCAAUGAGAGAUGAGGAUGAUAACUUGCUGCAGUUUGCCAUCCAGCAGAGCCUAUUGGAUGCAGGGACAGAAAGCGACCAGGUGACUAUAUGGGAAGCUCUGACUAACAGUCGUCCUGUUUCUGGCCACAUACAGUCACCACUGUACGAAGACGACUCUCAGCUGGAGAGGGCGAUCCAGGAGUCCCUGUCGAUCUCAUUGGCUGGUGGUGAGGAAGGAGAUCCCGUAUCUCCCCUGUCAGUCUCUCCGUCGGACCCCGGAGCCAACUCCCCUCCCUCCUACAGCUCAGUGGCUGAGCCCCGGAUGCCGGGACCGUUUUCCGUGGUGAACAGCUUUGACGAGCAGCUACGCAUCGCCAUGGAUCUCUCGUGCAGGGAGCAGGAAAAGAUGGACAGGGAGAGGCAGCAGGAAGCGGAGGAGCUGGAGAGGAUCCUUCAGCUUUCGCUCUUAGAGAAGUAGCCACGACAACGGCAGACGAUUGAGGAACAAACGUGUUAAUUUUUAUUGUAUUUUUUUUAUCCUGCAAUGUUAAAUUAUUAUUUUAUUGUUCAUUUGUUUAUUUGAUGAUGUCUUAAUGGGGCACUGAAAGAGUACGGGUACAGAAUUCAGGGAGGGAGGGAGUUAGACAUGGUACUGGCUGCAAGGUAGGUAAAAGCAAUAGGGUGGAAACUACUUUGUGGGCAAUUGCCAUAUUUGCUGUCGCCUGUCCAGUGGGAAUGAGAGGGGGAUAGGUACUGGGAGGGAGAGGUUGUCAAACUAGCAGUGAGGCUCUGAGAGCAGAUACUUUUGGAUGGAUGAAGAGCGAAAUGUUAACAUCACUUUGCGUUUUUCUUUCUUUUUCACAACCCUGCUGUCAUUAUUUUGAGUGAUAAAAAUACUUUAACCUUUGACCUAUGAUACAAACAAAUAAUUGUGACAUAGUAUUACAAAAAAAUGCUUAUAUUAGAUAAUUAUUUUUAAAAAAUGAUGUUAUAAUGUUUGAAACGGAAUUAUGUUGGUUGAUUCUUGCGCGUGACUUGGAAAAUACAUUUACUCAAUGUUCCUGAAGCAUUGGUGUGGUAGUUCAUUUCUGAAUGUGUGUGUAAAGAUGAACCAGUCACAGACAUCUAGGCCAGUGUUAAUUUUUAUGCAAAAUGAUAUUACACAGAAUCUAUAUAACAUUGUGUUAUGUUCAACUCGAGAAGCAUGAGCUGUAAAAAUUAAAAUAAAAUAAAACGUUUUUAUUUAAAAA